UCUAACCGGUCCGCGUACGUGACUCUUUUACUUUGUCCAAAAGUGGCGCAAAAAUUGCACGAAUUUUCUCUCUCUUUAACUCUCUUUCUUUCUCUCUUUCUUUCUUUCUUCUACCUCGCUUCUUCUCUCUUACUCUUCACGUCAAGAGCUCGUGACUUAGAAUCUAGGGUUUUCAGAAUUCACAGUAGAAGGAGGAGAAAGGUUGCUGCUGUUGAAGUAGCUGAAGAGUAAGCGCGAUCUUCGUGUAGUUUGUUGUUGUUCAAGAACUAACAUGGCGACGAUGGAGAGCUUGAUUGGUUUGGUUAACAGAAUUCAGAGAGCUUGCACCGUUCUCGGCGAUUAUGGCGGCGCUGACAACAACGCCUUCUCUUCUCUCUGGGAAGCUCUUCCCUCAGUAGCCGUGGUUGGUGGCCAGAGUUCAGGAAAGUCUUCGGUUCUUGAGAGCAUUGUUGGCCGUGACUUUCUGCCUAGAGGAUCAGGGAUUGUGACAAGGCGUCCAUUGGUGUUGCAGCUUCAUCAGGUGGAAGGUGAUGCACAAGACUAUGCUGAGUUUCUUCACAUGCCUGGGAAAAAGUUAACCGAUUUUGCUCUAGUGCGUAAGGAAAUUCAGGAUGAAACUGACAGAUUGACAGGAAAGACGAAACAAAUAUCCCCUGUUCCGAUUCAUCUUAGCAUUUAUUCUCCAAAAGUUGUCAACCUAACUUUGGUUGAUCUGCCAGGGUUGACUAAAGUUGCUGUAGAAGGACAGCAGGAGAGUAUUGUUCAAGACAUUGAAAAUAUGGUCCGAUCUUACAUUGAGAAGCCUAAUUGUAUUAUACUGGCAAUAUCUCCGGCCAAUCAAGAUAUAGCAACUUCUGAUGCUAUUAAAAUUGCAAGGGAAGUGGACCCAUCAGGUGAGAGAACAUUUGGAGUGUUGACAAAGCUGGAUUUGAUGGACAAAGGAACUAAUGCAUUGGAUGUCCUUGAAGGAAGAUCCUAUCGUCUGCAACAUCCUUGGGUUGGUAUAGUAAAUCGAUCCCAAGCUGAUAUCAAUAGAAACGUUGAUAUGAUUUUUUCUAGGCGCAAGGAGCGAGAGUAUUUUGCCACCAGUCCUGAGUAUGGACACUUAGCACAUAAAAUGGGUUCAGAAUACCUUGCAAAACUUCUCUCUCAGUACUUGGAGUCGGUAAUUAGGGCACAGAUACCUAGUAUUAUAUCUUUGAUAAACAAAACCAUCGAAGAGCUGGAAGCAGAGAUGGAUCGUAUUGGGAGACCAAUUUCUAUGGAUGCUGGGGCUCAACUAUACACCAUCCUCGACCUCUGCCGUGCAUUUGAACGGAUAUUCAAGGAGCAUUUAGAUGGAGGGCGGGCAGGAGGAGACAGGAUAUACAAUGUCUUUGACAAUCAGCUUCCUGCUGCUCUACGGAAACUACCAUUUGACCGACAUCUUUCUCUUCAGAAUGUAAAGAAAGUGGUGUCAGAAGCUGAUGGUUACCAGCCUCACUUAAUUGCCCCAGAGCAAGGGUACCGGCGCCUGAUUGAAGGGGCUCUGAGUUACUUCAGAGGUCCAGCUGAGGCAUCAGUUGAUGCAGUUCACUAUGUCUUGAAAGAACUUGUGAGGAAAUCAAUAGCUGAAACCGAGGAACUAAAGCGUUUUCCAACUCUUCAAGCCGAAUUAGCUGCUGCUACAAAUGAGGCUUUAGAGAGGUUCCGUGAAGAGAGUAAGAAGGCAACUCUACGGCUUGUGGAUAUGGAGUCUUCAUAUCUCACUGUGGAGUUCUUCCGGAAACUUCCUCAGGAAGUGGAGAGAGCUGGAAAUCCACCUAAUUCAGCUAAUCCACCUAGUUCAACUAGAUCCGCUAAUCCAGCUGCGCCAGAUGGGGAUCGGUAUGCUGCCCCAAAUGUCGAUCGUUAUGGAGAGGGUCAUUUCCGGAGGAUUGGAUCAAACGUGUUAUCUUAUAUUGGUAUGGUGUCAGACACACUCAAGAACACAAUUCCAAAGGCGGUGGUUUAUUGUCAAGUUAGAGAAGCAAAGCUGGCAUUGCUAAACCGUUUCUAUGUACAAAUAGGGAAGAAAGAGAACAGAGGAGAUGAAAAUUGAAUAGAGGGAGAAGAACACUUCCAUCAACAAUCAACAGCAGCAAUCAUUCACACACAAUGGAAAAAAAACACUUCCAUCAACAAUAAACAGAGGAAGGAGGUGAAGAAGAAUAGCAUGGCGCCGGCGACUACACCUUAUCCUGCAGCAGUGUCGGCAGUGGCUCCCGUGCCGUCGCCUCUUUCCUUUCCUUCUCUACGAAUUCUCCCUCUCUCUCUCUCUCUGGUUUGGUCUCCUGUCUCUCCUGGUGAGCUCAGCGACGAUGACGACCCUUCUCACUGCCAUCGCCGCCGUCAUUUCCUUCAACUUUUCUCUCUCUUCCUUUCUUCUCCGAUCUGCUGCUCUCUCUCCAUUGGCGCCGUUGACGGUGGCAACAGUGGUGGAGCAGCCGCCGUUAACUUCUCCCUCCCCCGCCUUUUUUCCCUUCUCUUCCUUGGUUUUUUCUCUCAGUUUUUUUUUUCCAAUGAUAUUUUGGGAGGUUGAGAGUUAGAAAAAUAAAAUUUUAUAAAUGGGCAAAAUAGUCUAAAAAUGAUAUUUUUAAUAAAAGGAUUAUUUUAAAAAUAAUUUUAACGAUCGAGACAAUUUCGAAAAAAAAAAAAGGA